GACACGUGCCGAUCUAUGUGUUGUGCUUCUAUGCAGUUGCUGCUGUAUUGUUUUGAUUAGGAAAAUAACCAUUUGGACAGGUAGAGCUACGCUUUAUAGUAUCUAAGAUCUCUUCUGUUAGAUUUAGAAGUCAUGGAUGAGCUGACAGGAUCUCCUGCAGCCAAUCCUGACAACAACAGCCAGAGAAAUGGAGACGAGAAGCCUCGACGUGGCAGCUGGCCCAAGGGGAGGAAGAGGAAGAAGCCAAUGAAGGACAGCAACGCACCCAAAGCCCCCCUAACGGGCUACGUUCGCUUCAUGAACGACAGACGGGAGCAGCUACGGGCAGAGCGUCCAGACGUGCCCUUCCCGGAGAUCACGAGGAUGCUGGGCAACGAGUGGAGCAAGCUGCCGCCAGAGGAGAAGCAGCGAUACUUGGACGAGGCGGAGCGAGACAAGGAGCGCUACAUGCGGGAGCUGGAGAAGUACCAGAAGACGGAGGCCUACAAACAUUUCACCAGAAAGGUCCAAGAGAAGCAGAAGGGCAAGCGACACAGGGGAGAUGUUGGGCACCAGGUUGCCAACGAGGCUCUUCACGAGAAGGAUGCAGAGGGGAAGGACAGAACUGUGUUUGACAUACCAAUCUUCACAGAGGAGUUUCUCAACCACAGCAAAGCACGUGAGGCCGAGAUGAGGCAGCUGCGUAAGACCAACAUGGAGUAUGAGGAGCGUAACGCGGCUCUGCAAAAGCACGUGGAGAGUAUGCGUGGGGCGGUAGAGCGGCUGGAAGGCGACGUGAUGCAAGAGAGGGGACGCAACGGGCUCCUCCACCAACACCUGGAGACCCUGCGUCAGGCGCUCACAUCCAGCUUCUCUUCUGUACCUCUGCCAGGCAGCGGAGAGAUGCCCUCUCUUGAAACCAUCGACUCCUACAUGAAGAAGCUCCACAGCAUCAUCGUUAGUAACCCCCAAGAAAACGAGAAUCUCAUCAACACCGUGAGAGACGUGGUCAACCGUUUGGACAGAUAAUUGGACAAAGUCUCAUCUUUUUGACGGAUUGGGAUUCACAGCGGCGCUAAGUAGACGUCAUUUCCAAGUCGACGCCCGACUCCUUGACGGCGAACCUUCUUUUCGAUCUGUCAUCCCAAACGAUUUUAAAACGUCUUUUAUUACUCUGCUAAGGUGGCGUAGGUGAAGGUGAUGUAGCGUCUCAUAUUUAUUUAUUGGUUUUUUUGUUUUUUUUAUAUACUUUCAAGCUGUUAACAAUUUAUUAAUAUAGCUGUAGUUUGUUUUUAUAAAAUAAUCCGAUGACAGAACCUGAAACCUUAACAUAAACUGUUUCCUGUCACUCAUUGCUUCUGUUCUGUUCUCACCGUCCAUUUCUAGCAAACGCUUCCACAACAAUAUCUAAACUAUUGUCCGACAUGUUGUGUCCGAUUGAAGAGAAAUGUGACUUUGAAGUUUGUAUUUAUCAUCUACACCAAGAAAUAUUGCUUUUUUUUUUAUGCUCUGUUGAAGAAAAAAACGUGCCAUUUCUUUUUUUUUCCUUUCUGUGUGUAAAAAAAAGUGUUUGUGUUUUCAAUAAACUUAUUUACAUCAUGUGA